AUGGAAACUCCCGUUCGGCAGGAGGGAAAAACAGAGAAAGCGGAGCAGCAAAUGGCGGCUAUAAAACAACAGAGAACAGAACCCAUGAAAUAUGAGCAGGAAGCUCAAGAAAAACACACAACUAUUGUUUCCAAGAAGUUGGCAGUGAAAAUGGCGAAAGUCGAGCCUGUAGAACGAUAUCGUAAAGUCAUUCGUAUGAUCCGUUUUUGUGUGGGAUUCUGCGGAAAUGAUGUGGCCGAUCCGAAUUUUCGAAUGUGGUGGCUCACCUACACUGUAAUUGGAGCCAUUGGCUUCUUUUUCGCCUGCACAGGCUAUACCAUUUACGUGGGCGUGGUCAUCAACGGAGAUCUCACUGUGAUCCUGCAGGCAUUUGCAAUGGUGGGAUCGGCAAUUCAGGGAUUAACCAAACUAUUGGUCACCGCCAAUAUGGCUCCUCAGAUGCGAGAAAUUCAGAAUACAUUCGACGAAAUCUACCAGGAAUACGGCGCUAAGGGCGGUGAAUAUGCUAAAUGCCUGGAGCAAAGAAUCCGUACCACUUGGCAACUGAUCAUUGGCUUUAUGCUCGUCUACAUUAUUCUCCUGGGUCUCAUAAUAUCAUUUCCAAUCUAUUACUUGGUGAUUUUGCACCAGAAGGUGUUGGUCAUGCAAUUCCUGAUGCCGCUACUUGAUCACACCACCGAUGGAGGUCAUCUGUUGCUGACCGCUGUCCACAUUGCACUAAUUACAUUUGGUGGAUUUGGUAACUACGGCGGGGAUAUGUACCUAUUUCUUUUCGUCACCCACGUUCCUUUGAUUAAGGACAUAUUCUGCGUAAAGCUGAAGGAAUUCAACGAGGUGGUUGUUAAUGGGAAUGAGUUCCCGAAAAUGAGGUCAAUGCUCUGUGAUCUCUUGACAUGGCAUCAGUUGUAUUCGAGCAUUCUUCAAACCACCAAGAAAAUCUAUAGCAUCGUGCUAUUUGUUCAGCUUUCCACAACUUGCGUGGGACUUUUGUGCACCAUUUCUUGCAUAUUUAUCAAAGCCUGGCCAGCAGCUCCUCUUUAUCUAUUAUUCGCCGCCAUAACUCUAUAUACUUUCUGCGGCCUGGGAACUUUGGUGGAAAAUGCUAACGAGGAUUUUCUGAGUGUGAUCUACACAAACUGUCUGUGGUACGAGCUGCCCGUAAAGGAGGAGAAGCUAAUUAUCCUGAUGUUAGCCAAGGCCCAAAAGGAGGUUUGCCUCACCGCCGCCGAUAUGGCGCCUUUGUCAAUGAACACAGCCCUCCAGUUGACCAAGGGAAUUUAUAGCUUCAGCAUGAUGUUAAUGAACUACUUGGGAAAGGAUAAAUAAGGAGUUAACUUACAUAUA